AGUGAGGUUCUGUAUGUUGUGUGUAGUAAAAUAGUGUUCUAGGUGAUAUCUAGAGCAAUGAGGAGAGCUGACUCGCUAAACUUUCCAGUGCUGAAGUCACUGAGGAAACAAACUGAUGCUGCAGCCCGGAAACUGAUAGUUUAGAGGCGAUUUUAUCAUUUCUGGAAAGAAAUCGCCUCAAAACUAUCACAGUUGAUGCACUGAGUGCACCCCUUUAUUGUAAAAUGAUGUAAAUCCUCCUUACGUCACUCCUCUGUGUGUUUUUGAGAAUGAAGAGAAACUCAUUAUGGGUUCAUGACUUAGGUGAAUCACGAAGGGGACGUUUAACGUUGUAAACCUCUUGAUUCGGUCCAGUUUCUUUGACUAACUAGGAACGUAUCAAGCUAUUGUGUGCAUGCAAACGUAGCUAGUGACCUCUGCCUUGUGAUAGCUGGAGAUGUCGCUGUCUGUAGUGUGGAGUGCCCCAGACAAGACUGGCACGUCUCUACACAAUGGACCCACAGUGCUUCUCUGCCUGAAUGGCAUUAUUGAUGGAGAUUAAUAAAGGUUUGUUUCUUACUACAAUGAGCCGUAAAACACAAAGCUCUUGAACAGGGACGUCUUCAAGUGGUUUUGAGGAGCCGCUUGUACAUCGACUGUACUUAUGUAGCUCACUUCUAGUCUAUUGAGCUGAGCUGCGGAGUGAUAAAUGCAGAUUUGAGUCGUUGUGGUCGCAGUGCCAGCAUUCAGGAGGAGCAGGAGGAGCUGAUAGAGAAGCAGCUUUAGCCAUCCUUGCGCCGGGAGACCGAGAGAACGCGCUGACCUGAGCCACGCUGAGGUGAGGACAGACAGCGGGAGGGGACCUCGAGGGCCGAGCACCAUGGAAGAGUUUAAAGUUCAGACUGCCAAGCACCCCGUCCCAAACAGCACGCCCCUGCGGCCUCCAAGCGAGCAUUCGAAAGAGCGUGCCAAGCGUUUAUCGACGGAGUCAAACGGAACGAGUGACGGAGGCGCAGGAGCCAAAACGCCGGUGGAGCUCACGGCGCUGGAGGAGGCCUUCCGACGCUUCGCCAUCCACGGAGACACACGAGCCACAGGGAAGGAAAUGCACGGCAAAAACUGGUCCAAGCUGUGCAAGGACUGUGGUGUCAUAGAUGGCAAAACAAUCACGCUCACGGACGUGGACAUAGUCUUCUCCAAAGUCAAGAACAAAUCGAGCCGCACCAUCACGUAUUGCCAGUUCAGGGAGGCCCUCUCCGAGCUGGCCAGGAAGCGCUUUAAAGAUAAAACCAGCGAGGAGGCGGCAGAGGAGGUUUUCAAGAUGAUAGAAGGGAAAUCGCCAAUUAUAGCUGGAGUCACGAGGGCAGUGGCGUCCCCCACCGUGUCGCGGCUGACGGACACCAGCAAGUUCACAGGCUCCCACAAGGAGCGCUUUGACGAGACGGGCCGUGGGAAGGGCAAGGCAGGCCGGGUCGACAUGGUCGACACAUCCGGCUACGUCUCGGGAUACAAACAUGCAGGCUCGUACGAAAAGAAAAUUCAAGGCAAACCCCAACAGAAACCCAUGUGAGAGAUUUCCCUGUUCCACAAACGAACAAAACAGGA